AUGACUUCCUUUCUGGCAAAGAUAAUAAGCAAAAAGAUUCUGGGCGAGUCGCUGCAGAACAAGUUUGGCACAGAGGAUCCAUACUUCGAGCAAGUCCCUGCUACGAGACUCGAUGGACGACCGACCGGCAAGGUCAAGAAGCGCAAGAAGGCCCUGCCGCCUGGCAUCUCAGAGCACGACGGCAAGAUCCUGACCAAGGUCAAGCGGCGCGCGCAUCGCCUCGACCUGGCACUCUGCAGCUUCCUGGGAGUGCGAUUUGGAUGGAGCAGUGUGAUCGCACUGGUUCCUGCGAUUGGCGAUGCGCUGGACGCAUUCAUGGCCCUCAUGGUCUUCAAGACCUGCUGCAAGGUCGAGGGAGGCCUCCCGAAUUCGAUCAAGCUCCAAAUGAUGUUCAACAUCGUCUUCGACUUUCUCGUCGGACUGGUGCCGUUCAUCGGCGACGUUGCCGACGCCGCGUUCAAAGCCAACACCCGCAACGCCCUGCUGCUCGAAGGCCAUCUCCGUGAGAAGGGCAAGAAAGAGUUGCGCAAGAGCGGCCAGCCUAUCCCUGCCAUCGACCCCAGCAGCCCCGAAGAAUUCGACAGAGUGCGGCGCGACAGCCCACCGCCAGCGUAUCAGUCAAACGCCCCAUCGCAACAUGGUGCUGCCGUGCCGAGCGAGCACGAGACGAUGCCCAGCGCUCCGGAGGACGCUCGUGUGCAUGGUGGCCGUGGCUGGUUUGGCCGCAGCAAAGCGAGACCGCAGGACGUCGAGAUGGGCAGAAACGGCAACGACGCACCCAGCUCGCGGCAGGCCACGGCACCGAGGGAGAAUAGGAGCCCUCGAUAG